AUGUCCUUUGUCAUGGAUAACAAGUUAGACUGUAAAGGCCUCGAAUACCAGCCCAAGGGAUCUGGCCUUAGUUUGGUGGUCAGGGACCACACAAAGGUUAUAAGCAGAGGAAGGACAGGAUCAGAGUUGGGCUCCAAGAGGGUUGGCCUGAAGCAAAGACAUACUGGAGGUCGGGGAAAGGAGGGCGUGUCCUGUCGGCUGCGGCUGCGAGCUCUCAAUACUGAGAGUCCACAGGCCCUGGGCAGCCAACGGAGUUCAGGAAUCCCCGGGAAAAGGCUGAAAGCACCUGGCAGAGUCUGCUUUGCCCUGGCCAUUCUGCUGGCAAUUGUGGAGAACAAGCUUGGUCGAUGAAUGCACAUCCUCAGUUCAACUUCCCAGGAGCGGAAGCAACUGUGUAUUAAAAAAGAAGAGGCUGAGGUGGGUAUGGUGUUUUUGUGCAAGGACAAGUCUUGAGACUGUUCCCCUGAGACUAGCUUGGAGCAACUGAGACUUAAAUAGGAUCCUGGGAAAGAUGGUAUCAGUGAAAUAUCAUCUCAGUUGGUGUUCACCAUAAACCAAGCCAUGGCAUUGGACAGUGAGACCUACCAGUGGUGUGCCAGAAGCCAGAAGCUGGAUAUCCGCCUUCAGGGCCAUUAUUUCUCUGUUUGAGUCACAGACACUGUCAGUCACACAGUGACUCAAAAAAAAAAAAAUUGACACCCCAAGUUUGGCCACAGUAAAGGUGCUCUCAGUUCAGGCUUCCUGCAAGAAAAGGUCUGGAUGAUGCUGGUCACCAGCCUAGUGGCCCUUCAAGGUAUGUUCAGAAGAGCUUUUAGCACCCCAAGAAAUGAGGGUGCUAUACCUGUAACAUCUUGA